UGCGAAAACAAUGAAAACGCGAGGGCACACGUAAUUGCGAAACUUGUCGGCUUCUUCGCGCGAAUAUGCGGAAUUAGGCGUGACGAUGACCAGCGUAACAGCUGUGGCGACAGUGUGCCGUUUCGCGACAGUAAUUUAACCAGAAUUCUCUCUCACUCGGGCUCGUUAAUUCCGCUCGUGAAAACAGAGUUUCCUAGUUGACGAGUGGUGGACUGUGUACAAAAACUGCCAGCAAGGAUCAAGGAUUCGUCACAUGUGUUUCUGUGUUCGCUCCAAUUAGGCGAUUUGCUUGUUUUUCCGUAUCUACCUUCUUACCACUCGUUACGGAUCAACUUUCCUUUCCGGCAGAGAGAAUGAAGAUCAUGAGAAACUCGUUCAAACGCUCCGUCACGUUGUUGCUGUGUUGUUUGCUGCAUCUUUCCGAGUCGAAGGACAGUGUCAACGGAAAAACGAAAACUUCGAGGGCACAGGGUGCAAAGGUGUUUGGAAAAUAUCCAAGCGGCGGGCUGAUCUCUUUCAACCCAGGUCACGAGUUGCUUCGCAUUGACUGGGACGUGUCGAUUCCCUUCAUUUCGAUACCACUCGAGUACAAAAUUGGGGAGAACGGCGAGGUCCCGGCAUUGUUCAACAUUAACACGAAAUCCCUUGGAAUUGUUGGAUUAAUAGUCAGCCUGUUAGGCGUUGUUUCGCCGCUGUUCUCGAAAACAACGCAUCCGCAAUACAAUUACCGCUCGGUGGAUAAUGAUGGCGUGCAAUGGUCGCAAAUGGGAAACACCAUCAAUGAAAUGAUGUUUAACAAUGACUACGUGGCCCCGUGUAUGCAACGUGUCGUCUGUUCGAUCGUUUCAGUGGCCGCGCACUCGGAGAAUCCAACGAGCACAGAUAAAAUAAUCGAUGGAUUGUCGAGUCAUAGCUGGUUCAAAGGUGUCACAAAUGGCACGAUCAUUGAAGAUGCUGUGACCACCGGACGAAAGGCAGGUCAUGAUUGCGCUCGCAUUUACAAGGAUUGUUUAAUAACGCCGAAACUUUUGAAAAGUAUGAUGAGCGAGUUUGGGAUAAUGUAAUGUAACGACGACGAACGUGU